CGCGUCGGAUCCUAGCAACAGCUUUCCAAGGACCAUGGAUCUUGGAAGUUCACAAUAUGCUGAAGCAUUAAUUAAACACAGCGUAAUGGUCCACUGAUCUGCCCGGUAUGAGACUGCACAGCAUCGCAGUCGGAUGAAGGCACCAGAAUCCGCUUGGCUCGGCUAUGAACUCUUCCGGUAGGCGGGGACUCCUGUCGACAACAUGCAAGCAGUAAUACGUCAAUCUUUUUGAGGUACAAGAGCCUGCCACAGGCACUCUCCAAGCCGGAAAGACAAAUCGAUCAUCCCUCAAGGACUCUGUUUAUAAUGAGCCAAGCACAAACACAAACGCAAGAUGCCACGGCCGAGCCGAAGAAGCUGCAUCUGAUCGGUGUCGGCGUCGGUCACAGCAUCGCACCAGUCAUGCAUAACUACAUUUGCCAAAAGUUGAAUCAACCAUGGAUCUUCGAGGCAACGGAAGCACCGACAAUCGAGUCAGCACUAGAACUUUUGAAGACGGCAGCUGGUGCUGUCAUCACCAUGCCUUACAAAAAGUCCAUCAUGCCAUAUCUAGAUGGGCUUGAUCCUCUCGCUGUCAAACUUGGUGCCUGCAACAACGUUUACGUCACAAAGGAUGGCAAGCUUCAAGGCACAAACACGGACUGGAGAGGGGUUAAAGGCUGCCUCCUGGCAAGCAGCGACAAAGGCGUCGGCAAACCAUCUAUGAUAGUUGGCGCCGGAGGUGCGAGUCGUGCUGCCGUCUACGCGUUGGCAGUCGAGCUCAAAAGUCCCGUCAUCUAUGUGGCCAACCGCGAUGUCCAGGAGGUCAAGGAUCUGAUCGCCGACACCCAGGCACUGCUCUCUACUCCUAGAUCGGAUGAACCGGUGUGCAAGAUCAUCCACAUUCAGAGUCUUGAACAAGCUAGCUCUCUUCCCUCGCCCUUCUACAUUGUCGGCACUGUGCCAGACAGCGCACCAAGCACCGAACCGGAGAAGAUGGCAGUCAAGAUUUUUAAUCACUACCUAGCGUCUGCCCCCGAACCUGGAGUCUUCCUUGACAUGUGCUUUAAGCCAAGAGUCACCAGGAAGAUCAAGUUGGCCAAAGUCCACGGUUGGCCUACGGUUGAGGGCACAGAAAUUAUCGGCCAUCAGAUCUAUGAGCAGUACAGAGUAUGGAUCGACUCAGAGUCUGAUGCCGCUGUCAUCAGUCCUAAAUUGGCUCAGGAAGCAUGGAGCACAUUGAGAAAAGCUGCAGAGGAUAGUAAGGGUAUCAACUACGAGGUGGAAGAGUUCCAGAUAGAAUAAUCUACGCAACCCGAAUUGGCAAGUCAUCUGUCAGAUCUCACUCAGCUGCUCCAUGUGGUGGACAUAGCCCUCCGUGUUGAAACAAGCUGGUACCAUGCUGAAUGUGGUUUGCUCGGAGUGUAUAUGGUCUCCUUACAUCUUGCGCUCGCGCGCUCUAUGCAAAGCCAACG